AUGUCGAAUAUUUUAGAGGAUCCAGAAAAAAAAUACGAGUUGAUCACAAAAGAUCUUCAGGAAGUUCUAAAUCCCCAGAUCAUUAAGGAGAUUCUCAAUGAGAAAAAGAGACCCCUCAAUAUCUAUUGGGGCACUGCUCCAACAGGUAAGCCACAUUGUGGAUACUUUGUGCCUAUGAUCCAACUCGCCUACUUCUUGAAAGCUGGUUGCCAAGUGACGAUUUUAUUGGCUGAUUUACAUGCCUUUUUGGAUAACAUGAAGGCACCGUUGGAGGUAGUUCAAUACCGUGCCAAGUUCUACGAGCUUCUUGUCAAAUCAUUGCUUACCUCUAUCGGUGUUCCAAUUGAAAAGUUGAAGUUUGUCGUCGGUUCUUCAUACCAAUUGACUCCAGAAUACACUCUGGAUCUAUUCAAGCUCGCCAAUAUUGUGUCCCAGAAUGAGGCCAAGAGAGCUGGAGCCGAUGUUGUGUUGGAUGAACAUUACCUUGGUGUGGAUGCACAAUUUGGGGGUGUUGAUCAGAGAAAGAUCUUUGUCUUGGCCGAGGAGACCAUCGAAUCUUUGGGCUACAAGAAGAGAGCACAUUUAAUGAAUCCUAUGGUGCCUGGAUUGGGACAAGGUGGUAAAAUGUCAUCUUCGGACGCUAAUUCUAAGGUCGACGUCCUAGAGAAACCAAAGCAGGUGAGGAAGAAGAUUAACAGUGCAUUUUGUGCUCCUGGUAACGUCGAGGAGAACGGAUUACUUUCAUUUGUCAGAUACGUUCUUGCUCCUAUUCACGAACUUAAGCACGAAGGAGAGUUCAAGUUCUUCAUUGACAGACCGGAGAAAUACGGAGGUCCAAUCACAUUUCAUAGUUUUGAGGAUUUGAAGACAGCAUUUAAAGAGGAGAAGUUAUCGCCAGUGGACUUAAAAUCGGGUGUUUCUGACGGUAUUAAUCAGAUGUUGGAACCCAUAAUUAAGGACUUCGAGGCAUCUCCAGAGUUCCAAGAGGCCGAGGCCAGGGGUUACCCAACAAAUGCAGAUAAAAAGGGUAAAAAGGCUAAAAAGCAAAAGAACAGGGGUACCAAAUACCCAGGAAAGAAGGACGAUAAGGAACAAGAUGAAUUGACCAAGAAAUUGCAGGAGACAAAGAUAUCUAACUGA